AUGUCUCAAGUGAACCCUUCCUUUCCCGGUCGGAACGUGUACUCCUCCUCGAGUAAACUACCUGACCGAACUGCCUUGAAAGCUGGCAGCGCUGCUGCCCAGCCAUAUUCACAAUCUUCUCUCGGACGACGUCCUGACCAGCCAUACCAAUUUGGUCAGUCGGCUACAACUCAACAGCAUGGCGGGCCCAGACCCAACAUGGAUAAAGAACCCAAUGCGCUGAGCGAAUUGAGCGAGGAACAGAGGGAUGAGAUUAAUGAAGCAUUCUCCUUGUUUGACCUCGAUCGAGACCGUCAUCUCGACUACCACGAACUUCGGGUUGCAAUGCGAUCGUUGGGAUUUACCGUCCCUAAACCGGAAGUGGCUCAAAUCAUGCAGGCCCACGGUGUGCCAAAGCCACAGUUUAAAAGAGGUCCUCCAGGGAGAGGCCAACAGAUAUAUCAUUCAAGCCAGCUUCUAAUACCGCAAAACGCGUUUCAACGCGUCGCGGCGCAAAGAGUGUUCGAGAGAGACCCGACCGACGAGGUGGAACGUGCCCUAUUGUUGUUCGAUCCUGACCAAAGGGGCUAUAUCGAGGCUGAAGAUAUUCGGAGAGUGUCGCGCGAACUCGGAGAAACGGGCCUUGAAGAUGACGAAAUCCAGGCAAUGAUUGAAGAGUUUGACUAUGAUGGAACUGGCAGCGUUUCAAAGGAGGCCUUUUAUGCUAUAUGUUUGCAAUGA